CCAGAAAAAGCUUUACCCGGAAGUAGAGUCGUAAUGUCAACAGAUACAUGGAGCUGUCGACGUGAAACAGACGGUCUUUUUUUUUUUUACUUUUUUAAAUUACAAAACGUAGCUUUGGUGUUUUAAAAAAGUCGGUUGAGGAUGAGAGGCGUUAGUGUUAAAGCCUUGUCCUUUUUGCUGUUGUUCAUAAGUUUGUGUGUGUCAGAGCGAGCAGAGAGGGAAAACUCACUGUCCUUGCAUGAGAGAGAUGACGAUGGAGGAAAUGUGAAACAACAGGACAAUAUUAUAGCCGAAGAAGGGCAGACAGUAGAAAACCAUGAAAAAGAACAUGGUUUGAACCUCGAUUCAAACGAGUUACAGAAGGAUGGGUCAUCGCUCAGUAAGUCCAAUGACACCACCGACAACUACAGCAAUGACACCCUUCACUCAACAACAACUACUGUCAAGCCAACUACCCCGGCACCCCCAACAGUCAAGCCCAUUCUGCCAGUGCAGACAGGGGUUAAGGCCCAAGAAGAAGAACAGUCCAGCGGGAUGACCAUAUUCUUCAGCCUGCUUGUUAUUGGUAUUUGCAUCAUAUUGGUGCACCUGCUCAUCAAGUUCAAGCUGCAUUUUCUUCCAGAGAGUGUGGCUGUUGUGUCCUUAGGGAUUCUAAUGGGAGGCUUCAUUAAGAUCAUUGAGUUCCAGGAACUGGCCAACUGGAAGGAGGAGGAAAUGUUCAGACCCAACAUGUUCUUCCUUUUGCUUCUGCCACCAAUCAUCUUUGAAUCUGGAUACUCUUUACAUAAGGGUAACUUCUUCCAGAACAUUGGUUCCAUUACCCUCUUUGCUGUGAUCGGCACAGCUAUCUCUGCCUUCAUAGUUGGAGGAGGCAUCUAUUUCCUUGGCCAGGCUGAUGUCAUCUAUAAGAUGACCAUGACUGAUAGCUUUGCCUUUGGCUCACUGAUCUCAGCUGUGGACCCCGUAGCUACCAUCGCCAUAUUCAAUGCACUCAACGUGGACCCAGUCCUUAAUAUGCUGGUGUUUGGUGAAAGCAUUCUCAACGAUGCUGUCUCCAUUGUCCUCACCAACACAGCGGAGGGUUUCUUUUCCCGCUCCGACAACUCCACAGUAACAGGCUGGGAGACUUUUCUACAAGCUCUGGGUUAUUUCCUUAACAUGUUUUUUGGUUCUGCUGCACUGGGAACCCUCACUGGACUCAUCUCAGCUCUUUUUCUGAAACACUUUGACCUGAGGAACACGCCAUCGCUGGAGUUUGGGAUGAUGAUCAUCUUUGCCUACCUUCCUUAUGGACUGGCAGAGGGAAUCAAAUUAUCUGGAAUAAUGUCUAUCCUGUUUGCGGGAAUUGUGAUGUCUCACUACACCCAUCACAACCUAUCUCCUGUCACCCAGAUCCUUAUGCAGCAGACACUGCGCACUGUGGCCUUUAUGUGUGAGACGUGUGUGUUUGCGUUCCUCGGCCUUUCCAUCUUCAGCUUCCCUCAUAAAUUUGAAAUAUCAUUUGUAAUCUGGUGCAUAGUCCUGGUUCUUGUUGGCCGUGCUGUGAACAUCUUCCCUCUGUCAUUUUUGCUGAACUUCUGCAGGGACCACAAGAUCACACCCAAAAUGAUGUUCAUCAUGUGGUUUAGUGGUUUGCGAGGUGCUAUUCCCUAUGCUUUGAGCCUUCAUUUAGGCUUGGAACCCAUUGAGAAGCGUCAGCUAAUCGGCACCACCACCAUCAUCAUCGUGCUCUUUACCAUCCUCUUCCUCGGGGGUGGCACCAUGCCACUCAUCCGUAUCAUGGACAUUGAGGAUAGCCAGUCACGGCGUAAAAACAAGAAAGACAUCAAUCUCAGCAAGACACAAAAGAUGGGUAAUACCAUUGAGUCAGAGCAUCUAUCAGAACUGACAGAGGAGGAGUAUGAGGCUCAAAUCUACCAGAGGCAAGAUCUAAAGGGCUUCAUGUGGCUGGAUGCUAAGUACCUUAACCCCUUCUUCACUCGCAGGCUUACACAGGAGGACCUGUUACAUGGCCGGAUCCAAAUGAAGACUCUGACCAACAAGUGGUACGAAGAAGUUCGACAAGGACCGUCGGGCUCUGAGGACGACGAAGACGAAGCCGAACUUCUCUGAUCACUUUCACUUUGAAGGCAAUUUAUGGACAUUGUGUGUCUUGGGCUGUGGUUUGUGUGUCCGUCUGUGAAAAUGAGCAUACUUUUCAUUUCCCCCACAGGAAUGUGUGGUAGAGCUGGGCGAUAGAACGAUAACGAUAUGUAUUGCGAAAUAACUUUUUCUCGAUAGAAAAAUUAAACUAUUGCGAUA